AUGGACGUGGACGUGGACAUGGACGUGAACGUGGACGUGGUCGUGGACAUGGACGUGGUCAUGGACGUGGACGUGGUCAUGGACGUGGACGUGGACAAGGACGUGGACGUGGACGUGGACGUGGACAAGGACGUGGACGUGGACGUGGACGUGGACGUGGACGUGGACAUGGACGUGGACGUGGACGUGGACGUGGAUAUGGACGUGGACGUGGACGUGGACGUGGACAUGGAAGUGGACGUGGGCGUGGACGUGGACGUGGACUUGGACGUGGACGUGGACGUGGACGUGGACGUGGACGUGGACAUGGACGUAAACGUGGACGUGGACGUGGACGUGAUCGUGGACUUGGACGUGGACUUGGACGUGGACGUGGACGUGGACGUGGACGUGGACAUGGACGUGGACGUGGACGUGGACGUGGACGUGGACUUGGACGUGGACGUGGACGUGGACCUGGACGUGGACCUGGACGUGGACGUGGACGUGAACGUGGACGUGGACGUGGACGUGGACGUGGACUUGGACGUGGACGUUGACGUGGACGUGGACCUGGACUUGGACGUGGACGUGGACAUGGACGUGGACAUGGAUGUGGACGUGGACAUGGACGAGGACGUGGACGUGGACAUCGACGUGGACGUGGACGUGGACGUGGACAUGGACGUGGACGUGGACGUGGACGUGGACGUAGACGUGGACGUAGACGUGGACAUGGACGUUGACAUGGACGUGGACGUGGACGUGGACGUGGACGUGGCCGUGGACGUGGACGUGGACGUGGACAUGGACGUGGACGUGGACGUGGACGUGGACGUGGACAUGGACGUGGACAUGGACGUGGACGUGGACAUGGACGUGGACAUGGACGUGGACGUGGACGUGGACGUGGACGUGGACUUGGACGUGGACGUGGACGUGGACGUGGACGUGGACGAUGUGGACGUGGACGUGGACGUGGACGUGGAGGACUUGGACGUGGACGUGGACGUGGACGUGGAGGACUUGGACGUGGACGUGGACUUGGUCGUAGACAUGGUCGUGGACGUGGACGUGGUCAUGGACGUGGACGUGGACGUGGACGUGGACGUGGACGUGGACGUGAACGUGGACGUGGACGUGGUCGUGGACGUGGACGUUGUCGUGGAUGUGGACGUCGACGUGGACGUGGAAGUGGACGUGGACGUGGACAUGGACGUGGACGCGGACGUGGACAUGGACGUGGACGUGGACAUGGACGUGAACAUGGACGUGGACUUGGACGUGGACGUGGACGUGGACGUGGACGUGGACGUGGACGUGGACGUGGACGUGGACGUGGACGUGGACAUGGACGUGGACUUGGACGUGGACGUGGACGUGGACGUGGACGUAGACAUGGACGUGGACGUGGACGUGGACUUGGACUUGGAUGUGGACGUGGACGUGGACGUGGACGUGGACGUGGACUUGGACGUGGACGUGGACGUGGACGUGGACGUGGACGUGGACGUGGACUUGGACGUGGACGUGGACGUGGACGUGGACGUGGACAUGGACGUGGACGUGGACGUGGACGUGGACGUGGACUUGGACGUGGACGUUGACGUGGACGUGGACGAGGACGUGGACGUGGACGUGGACGUGGACGUGUACGUGGACGUGGAGGAGUUGGACGUGGACGUGGACGUGGACGUGGACGUGGAGGACUUGGACGUGGACGUGGACUUGGACAUAGACAUGGUCGUGGACGUGGACGUGGUCAUGGACGUUGACGUGGACGUGGACGUGGACGUGGACGUGGACGUGGUCGUGGACUUGGACGUGGUCGUGGAAGUGGACGUGGACGUGGACGUGGACGCGGACGUGGACGCGGACGUGGACGUGGACGUGGACGUGGACGUGGACGUGGACUUGGACGUGGACGUGGACGUGGACGUGGACGUGGACUUGGACGUGGACAUGAACGUGGACGUGGACGUGGACGUGGACGUGGACAUGGACGUGGACGUGGACGUGGACGUGGACUUGGACGUGGAGGUGGACGUGGACGUGGACGUGGACUUGGACGUGGACGUGGACGUGGACAUGGACGUGGACGUGGACUUGGACGUGGACGUGGACGUGGACGUGGACGUGGACGUGGACAUGGACGUGGAUGUGGACGUGGACUUGGACUUCAACGUGGAUGUGGACGUGGACGUGGACGUGGACGUGGACGUGGACAUGGACGUGGACGUGGACGUGGACGUGGACGUGGACGUGGACUGGCAUGGACAUGGACGUGGCAUGGACGUGGACAUGGACGGGACCGACGUGGACGUGGACGUAGACAUGGACGUGGGCGCGGACGUGGACGUGGACGUGGACAUGGACAUGGACGUGGACAUGGACGUGGAGGACUUGGACGUGGACAUGGACGUGGACGUGGACGUGGACGUGGACGUAGACGUGGACAUGGACGUGGACAUGGACGUGGACAUGGACGUGGAGAUGGACAUGGACGUGGACGUGGACAUGGACAUGGACGUGGACGUGGACGUGGACGUGGACGUGGACAUGGACGUGGACAUGGACCUGGAUGUGGACAUGGACGUGGACAUGGACGUGGAUGUGGACGUGGACGUGGACGUGGACGUGGACAUGGACGUGGACGUGUACAUGGAUGGGACGUGGACAUGGACACGUGGACGUGGACAUGGACGUGGACGUGGACAUGGAUGGGACGUGGACAUGGACGUGGACGUGGACGUGGACGUGGACGUGGACAUGGAUGGGACGUGGACAUGGACGUGGACGUGGACGUGGACGUGGACGUGGACGAGGACCUGGUCGUGGACGUGGACGUGGACGUGGACGUGGACGUGGACGUGGACGUGGACCUGGACGUGGACGUGGACGUGGACGUGGUCGUGGACGUGGACGUGGACGUGGACGUGGACGUGGACGUGGACGUGGACGUGGACUAUGGACGUGGACGUUGACGUGGACGUGGACGUUGACGUGGACGUGGACGUGGACGUGGACGUGGACGUGGACGAGGACGUGGACGUGGACGUGGACGUGGACCUGGACGUGGACGUGGACAUGGACGUGGACAUGGACGUGGACAUGGACGUGGACGUGGACGUGGACCUGGACGUGGACGUGGACGUGGUCGUGGACGUGGUCGUGGACGUGGACGUGGACGUGGACAUGGACGUGGACAUGGACGUGGACGUGGACGUGGUCGUGGACGUCGACGUGGACGUGGACGUGGACGUGGACAUGGACGUGGACGUGGACGUGGACGUGGACGUGGACGUGGACGUGGACGUGGACGUGAACGUGGACGUGGACGUGAACGUGGACGUGGACGUGGACGUGGACGUGGACGUGGACGUGGACGUGGACGUGGACGUGGACGUGGACGUGGACAUGGACGUGGACGUGGACGUGGACGUGGACGUGGACGUGGACGUGGACGUGGACGUGGACGUGGACGUGGACAUGGACGUGGACGUGACGUGGACAUGGACGUGGACGUGGACGUGGACGUGGACAUGGACGUGA